UACCGAUAGCUCAGCAUCGAUGGGGCCUGGUUUUCGCCUCCUCCCACCCCAACGUGCGCGACUUUUCUUCCCAGGCAAAGGGAAUCGAGUGCCGAGCAAAGCUAUUUAUUUCUACGUUGUUCCCAAUCGGAUAUCCCUGCAGCCGAAGAGACGACGGUGACACCUAUUGAUGACACAGGCAACGUGCGACAAACUCGAAUAGGUUGCAUGAUGGCGCCGGUUGGAAAGAAUAGAGACUCUCCGAGCUUCAAUAGAAAAGGAGGAAAAGAAAAAGGUCCGGCUGGUCUGAGUCGGAAGCCGCCCCGGCGAUGGGACACGCAUCAGUUCAAGGGAAGCCUCCAGGAGGGUCAAGGCUUUGCCAUUUGGAGAAAACAAAAAGUGCAACGUGCCUACAAAAAGUUACUUAAAAAGGAAAGGCAUGUGAAUCCUCAGAAGAAUGUUGGGUACACUGAAGAUUAUCCAGAACAUCUGAAACAUCUUUAUUUAGCUGAAGAGGAAAUGCUUCGGAAACAGCAGAAACCUAAACAUAAACCAGUAGUACUUGAAGAAAAGGAGACUCGAACUUCAAAGAGCAAUGUGAUUCAGAGAAAACUUAAAGCAAAAACUUCAAACCAGAAAGCAAAAGAGGAUUAUGAAAAAAUAAAGACUGAACGAAAUGAGAAAAAAGAAGCAGCUAAAAAAAGAAGAGAAGAAAGAGAGAAAGCUCAAAAACUUUACAAACAGAAGAAAAUGGAAACAUACAAAAUAUUAAGUAAAAGGACUAGAAAAGGACAACCAAAUCUAAAUUUACAAAUGGAAUAUCUACUUCAAAAAAUCGAGCAAAAAGCAUAAUGUCAUAUUGUUUUAAAUUAUUGACACAAAAAUGAUAAUAAUCUGGUUAUAGACUUUUUUUCUACAAUGGCCUACCUUUAAAUUUUGUAGCAUCAGCUGUUAUUAAAGUUUAUUAAGUUAUAAUGAAAAUAUUUUUGCAAAUUAAAUUCUACUUGCAAGGACUUUUAAACUUUAAAUUACAAUUUGAAUAGGCUAACUAUAUUAAAGUGUUCUUUGCAUUUUUCAGAAAUACAGAUAAACUUUCUGAAUAUAUGUGGUGCAUUUGUACUGUGACUUAAAAGCAGGUAGCCCUCAACAGGUAGCCUUAAUACAGGUAGCCCUCAACAUACAACAGUUGAUUUAGUGACUGUUCAAAGUUACAUCAGUACUGAAAAAAGUGACUUAUGACCAGUUUUCACACUUACAAUUGUUGCAA